AUGCAACUCAACGUCCCUUACGUCCUCCUGGCUCUCACCGGCCUCCUCACCAACCUCAUCUCCGCCGGUACCAUCCACUUCGUCAACCAGGACGACACCGAUCGCACCAUCUACUUCACCCCCAACGAAGGCGGCGAGGAGAUCGACGAGCUCGAGAUCGCCGGCCUCGAGACCGUCGAGCAGGACUUCCCCGAGGCCUGGGUCGGCAACUUCUACUCGGUGUCCGAGGACGAGGACAACGUGCCGGGCAUGCUCGGCGAGGUGCGCUUCGACGGCUUCGCCGGCCAGACGUACUUUGACGUCUCGGCCAUCGUCAACCCGGAAGACGACGAGGGCGUCAAGAUGCUCUUCCCCCUCCUCUCGCCCACGCCGCUCUCGGGCUGCCAGACAUUCCCGUGCGAUAACGCGUACAACAAGUGGGAUGAUGUGCGUACCUUGAGUACCCCCGAGUCGGCGCUUGUCUGCCUCAUCGGCAACGUCGAUGAUGAGCGGAAGCGGGGCUUUUCCCGCGGCCGGGUCUCCCACUGA